AAUGCAUCCCGGAACAUAAACAAAAAUUGAGUUAAUAAUUAGGCAUCACCUGUUGGGUUUGUCUUGAAUUGCAAUUUGUCCCACUUUUGGAGGAAGAACGAAACCGUUAUUCAUUCAUUGGCGAAAAUUGCCAAGAUUUUAGCUGUGAUCAUUCAUUACUGGAGAUCCAAUAUUUCUUUGCAUAAUAUUUUAAGUAUCUGAAGUAUACGCUAUGCAAAUAAACGUUGUUCUUUUGUCUUGCUGGCUUGCAUUUGCAGCAAGCUCCAUCCUUGGAGGUCUCAAUAUCACAGAUCCGAACAGUCUCGUGUCUGAUACGACUGGGAAAGGCCGGAGCAUGUUGGGGAAUCUGGGAUACGCCAUGUUGGGGGUUGGAGCCGGGAUGACGAUGAAGACGGUCUACGACCAAGGAGGGCUCAACUGGAGGGGCGCUGCUGGAAAUGGGACUCUUAAUAGCGGAAUCACUCCCCUCGUGACCUCGACCACUGAAGCACCAACAACAGCCACAGCUGCACCAACAGAUUCAACAACCACGGCUGCACCAGCAGCAAAGUAAAUAAAAAGAAAAAAAAAUCUCAAUAAAAACUCGA